AUGGCCACUUUCGAUAUCAUCAAAGAAGUUGCUCUUGGCGAGGGAGACUCCGAGAACACAACCGAAGCUUACAUCAAGAUCAUCCACGAAACGGCUGCUGCAAAGCCAAAUACAAGCGGAGAAGUCGAAUUCCCUGAGCAACCCCCUGACGAAGACCUCGUUUCGCACCAUGCUCACCAGGAGGCUGUCGGGGCGUCUUUGACAGCACCCUCUCCCUGGCUGUACCAUGUAAUCAACAGCCGCCGACGCCACAUGAAAGAGGCAUACGCCAUCAGACACCGGAUGUUGGAAAAUCAGGUCUCUCUGGCUGUUCAACGGCUUGAAGGAGGCCAGCCGGUCCGGUCUGCUUUGGACUACAUGAUACAGCGCGAAAUGAACGCUGCCAAGAAGGCCGGCCGAUUGCCCACUUUCGACUCUUCUCAACUCCGCGACGAGCUGUACGGCUACAUUGGUGCAGGCCACGAGACAACCUCAACCUCUUUCCAAUGGGCAAUCAAGCACCUUACGGUUCACCAAGAUGUCCAGCAGAAGCUUCGACGAGCUUUGCAAUUGGCAUUUGCCGACCUUCGGUUUCCGAAAUAA